AUAGAGAUGAAGAGGGAAACUAACACACACCCAUACACUCGUUGCUUGCUCCUUCUUUGGACCAACGUCUCUCUAGAGACUCUUAUUUUUACCUUUUUCGUUUUUGUUUCAAAAAGCCUUGCUGAAUCUCUCUAAUCCAGAAUCUCGAACGUCGUCAAUCUUUUGAUGUCCUAUUGGUGAGAAUCGCUUAAGAGGAGCAGACAUUUGCUUUCUCAAAAAGGGCCAAAUCAAAUCAAUCUGUCUGAAUAGAUGGAGCAGAAACACGUUUUGUUGUCAGCAUUGAGCGUAGGGGUUGGUCUUGGAGUAGGGAUUGGGUUGAGUUCAGGGCAAGUGGUUCAGAAAUGGGUUGGAGGGAAUCAUGCGCUCUGUGGUGAGCAGAUUGAGCAGGAACUUUUAAGGCUGGUGAUUGAUGGCAAGGAAUGCAAGGAAACUUUUGAAGAGUUUCCUUAUUACUUAAGUGAAAGAACUUGUGAGUUAUUGAGGAGUGCUGCAUUCGUUCAUUUGAAACAACUUCACUUUUCCAAACACACCCGUAAUCUUUCACCGGCAAGUAGGGCAAUUCUGCUUUCUGGACCAGCAGAGCUUUACCUGCAAAUACUUGCCAAGGCUUUAGCUCAUCACUUUGAGUCAAAGUUGCUGCUUCUAGAUAUUGCUGACUUCUCUUUCAAGAUGCAAAGCAAAUAUGGAUGUGCAAGAACAGAAUCAUCCUCUCAAAGGUCUUUAUCUAAGGCGGCUCUCGAGCGAGCGUCCAGUUUUUUGGGUUUCUUUUCAGUUUUCCAUUCAACUGGAAAAACUAAAGGCACUUUGCACACACAUAGUAAUAGUACUGGAAGUUCCAAUACAUCUUCAAAACUUAGCAGGAAUGCCUCUGCUGCAUCUGAUAUGAGUAGCACCGCUUCCCAAUGUGGUCCAACAAAUUCAGGCACCUUGAAGCACAUGAGCAGCUUGUGUUUUGAUGAAAAACUCUUCCUUCAGUUGCUCUACAAGGUCUUGGUUUCUGUCUCAGGAAAAAGUCCCAUCAUUUUAUACAUUAGGGAUGCUGAGAAGAUUUUCCUCCAAUCAGAACGGCUAUGCAAUUUGUUUCAUAAAAUGCUUGAAAAACUUUCAGGGCCAGUGUUGGUACUUGGUUCCCAGAUAGUAGAUGCUGAGGAUGAAUUCUCAGAAGUUGAUGAAAGGCUUGCAACAUUAUUUCCUUACAACAUUGAGAUUAAACCACCCGAAGAUGAGAUUAGUCUUGGAAACUGGAAUGCCCAACUUGAAGAGAACAUGAAAAUAAUUCAGUUUCAAGAUAACAAAAAGCACAUUGCUGAAGUACUUGCAGCAAAUGAUAUUGAAUGUAAUGACUUGAAUUCAAUCUGCCGUGCAGACACAAUGGUGCUAAGUAAUUAUAUUGAAGAGAUUGUAGUAUCUGCUAUACGUUAUCACUUGAUGAAUACCAAGGAUCCAGAAUACCGAAAUGGGAAGCUAGUAAUAUCAUCUGAGAGUCUGUCCCAUGGUUUGAAUCUAUUUCAAGAAGGCAAAAGAACUGCUGAGGAUACCCUAAAGCUGGAAGCUAAUGGAAACAAGGGCUCAGCUGGCGGAGAGGGGAAUGGUGCAAAAAAUGAGGUACGGUCUGACGCUCAAGCACCUGAAAACAAAAGUGAGACAGGGAAAUCCAUUCCUCUAGCAAAGAGUGAUGGAGAGAAUUCUGCUCCAAAAGCGUCUGAAGUUCCUCCUGACAAUGAGUUUGAGAAGCGAAUUAGACCAGAGGUCAUCCCUGCAAAUGAGAUUGGAGUUACAUUUGCAGAUAUUGGUGCAUUAGAUGAAAUUAAAGAGUCACUCCAAGAGCUGGUCAUGCUUCCCCUUCGAAGGCCAGAUCUCUUCAAAGGUGGACUUCUUAAGCCUUGCAGAGGCAUAUUGCUCUUUGGACCUCCAGGUACUGGGAAAACAAUGCUUGCAAAGGCAAUUGCAAAUGAAGCUGGAGUAAGCUUUAUCAAUGUCUCAAUGUCUACCAUCACUUCAAAAUGGUUUGGAGAAGAUGAGAAAAAUGUUAGAGCUCUGUUCACAUUGGCGGCAAAGGUUGCCCCAACUAUUAUAUUUGUUGAUGAGGUUGAUAGCAUGCUUGGGCAGCGAACAAGAGUUGGAGAACAUGAGGCUAUGAGGAAGAUUAAAAAUGAAUUCAUGACGCACUGGGAUGGUCUAUUGACAAAACCUGGGGAACAAAUUCUAGUCCUUGCUGCAACCAACAGGCCAGUUGACCUUGAUGAAGCAAUCAUACGACGGUUUGAGCGAAGAAUCAUGGUUGGCCUUCCAUCAGCUGAGAACAGGGAAAUGAUCUUGAAGACUCUACUAGCUAAGGAAAAGACUGAAAAUUUAGACUUCAAAGAGCUUGCUGUUAUGACAGAAGGAUACAGUGGAAGUGAUCUUAAGAAUUUUUGCACAACUGCUGCUUAUCGACCUGUUAGGGAGCUCAUAAAGCAGGAGAGAUUGAAAGACAAGGUAAACAAAAAGGCAGCAGAAAAACAAAACUCAGAGGAUGCUUCUGAUACUCAGGACGAUGGAGAAGAGCAAGUAAUUGCCUUGAGGCCUUUAAACAUGGAAGACAUGAGACAGGCUAAGAGUCAGGUUGCUGCAAGUUUUGCUGCUGAAGGAUCAAUAAUGGCUGAGCUGAAGCAGUGGAAUGAGCUAUAUGGAGAAGGAGGUUCAAGGAAGAAACAGCAACUCACUUACUUCCUAUAGGAUGUACGUAGAAAGCUGGUAAGCAAUGGACUGGUCAACAUUCUUUCUUCAAAACACAAGAACAUAGCCCAUAAAACCGACAUUGAAAUGUCCAGUUAUGCCAGGGGGAUGCUCUCAAAAAUUAGAAGCAAUAUCUUGUACAUAUAGAAGAGCUAAAAAUCCAGGCAUAUAUCCUCCAUACUGUGUGUAAUUCAUCAUAUCAUGCAUCAUGUGUGGAGAGGGUUGUUGGUAUUUCAUUCGGUUGUCUAGAAACCAAUGCAACCUGUGCUAGUACUAGGGGACUCGUAAUUGGUUUUUGAAGAUGCAUUGGCUUUUCAGUGAGUAAGAGUGAUUACACCAAACCUUUUAGGUUAAUGAUGUAUUUAUAAGAAAAGCAUCGUCAGACAGUGAGCUUUUGAAUAAUGGCUUGUAAUUGCUUGUUUUGUUUGCGUUAGAUUUCAGAUCUACUAUUGAUGGUCUUGAGUAUUUAA